AAAAUUGAAAUAUAGGUAAGUACUUGCCUAUACGUAGAUUAGAAGUACCUGAGUGUGUGCAAAAGACACGUUGGCUGUGGUGUGAAGCAACGUAGCUUCAGAUUUUUUAAAUAAUGAUUCUGUUCAUUAUGAUAUAAUUUUUAAUAUUAUUAUAAUACGUUUAAAGAAUUAAUUUGUUGAAAUAUAUAUUAUUUCAUAGUCUAUGCAUUUUUAUUUAAGGUGUAAUUAUCUUAAACAAAAUGAGAAUUGUCCAAUUAAAACGAAAUCGUUUUUUCAGUAUUAUUAUCUGCACUAUAUUUGUUCUUUACACAUUAUAUAUUAUUCUAAACUAUUUUUCUAACAAACCUAUCAAUAAUUUAAAAAUUUGGUCUGAGAGUUUAAAAGAUAAACAGGUUCCAAUUCUAUCAAAGGAACUUGGUAAUUUUGAACCAAAACAUAUAUCAAUGAAAAGUGGUCCUGGAGAAAAAGGUAAACCUCAUAUUCUUAGGGAUGAUCAACAGAAUGAUGUUCAACAAUCAGAAAUAGAUUAUGGUAUGAAUAUAGUAUGCUCUGAUGAAAUUUCAUUAGAUAGAUUAAUUCCUGAUACUAGAAUGCCUGAAUGUAAACAUUGGAAUUAUCCAGAAAUACUACCUAGAACUAGUGUAAUUAUUGUAUUUCACAAUGAAGGCUGGUCUGUAUUAAUGAGAACUGUUCACAGUGUUAUAAAUCGUACUCCACCACAAUUUUUGGAAGAAAUUUUGCUUGUAGAUGAUUUUUCUGAUAAAGAUAAUUUAAAGGGAGAACUAGAGUCUUAUAUUGAACAAUGGGGAGAUAAAGUUAAAUUAAUAAGAAAUGAAAAAAGAGAAGGUUUAAUAAGAACAAGAUCACGUGGUGCACGUGAAGCUAAGGGCGAAGUUAUAGUAUUUUUGGAUGCACAUUGUGAAGUUAAUAUUAAUUGGUUACCACCUCUUUUAGCUCCCAUAGCUGCUGACAGAACUGUAAUGACAGUUCCCAUUAUUGAUGGUAUUGAUCACAAGACAUUUGAAUAUCGACCUGUAUAUCAAGAAGGACAUUUGUAUCGAGGUAUUUUUGAAUGGGGAAUGUUAUAUAAAGAAAAUGAACUUCCUGCACGAGAGAAAAAAAUUCGACCUUAUAACAGCAUGCCGUACAAGUCUCCUACUCACGCUGGUGGCUUAUUCGCAAUAAAUCGUGAAUAUUUUUUGUCAUUGGGUGGAUAUGAUGAUGGAUUACUUGUGUGGGGUGGAGAGAACUUUGAACUUUCAUUUAAAAUAUGGCAAUGUGGAGGAAGCAUUCUUUGGGUACCAUGUUCACAUGUUGGUCAUGUAUAUAGAGGUUUUAUGCCUUACACAUUUGGUAAAUUAGCACAAAAAAAAAAAGGACCACUAAUAACUAUAAAUUACAAGAGAGUUGUUGAAACAUGGUUUGAUGACAAAUACAAAGAGUUCUUUUAUACAAGAGAACCAUUAGCGCAAUUACUUGAUCAUGGCGAUAUAUCGGAACAGUUAGAAUUUAAAAGGCGGAAAAGAUGUAAAAGCUUUCAAUGGUAUAUGGAAAAUGUAGCUUAUGAUGUUUUUGAUAAGUUUCCUGAAUUACCACCUAAUAUUCAUUGGGGAGAAUUACGAAAUGUAGCAACAGGAACAUGUUUGGAUACAAUGAGUCAUUCUCCUCCUAGUUUAAUGGCUACAACUGAUUGUCAUGGAUUUGGUAAUAAUCAGUUAAUUAGAUUAAAUGCAAAAGGUCAAUUAGGUGUUGGAGAACGUUGCAUAUCCGCUGAUAAUCAAGGAGUGAAAUUCGUAUUUUGUCGCUUAGGGACUGUAGAUGGUCCAUGGCAAUAUGAUGAAAAAACAAAAACACUUUUACAUAGAGUGCACAAAAAGUGCAUGGCACUUCAUCCUCAAACUCAACAAUUAUCAUUAAUGCCAUGUGAUAUCAAUAAUACGUAUCAACAGUGGUCUUUCCAUCAAGUUCAUCCACAAUGGUGAAGAAAUGUAAGUACUGGUGCUACUUAUACUACAUAUGAAACGUUUUAUGCUGAAUCAAAGAUUUUUGGCAAAAUUUUACCUAUGCAUUAAUUUUUUUUAUAUGAUAAAUUGUAGUUAAAAUAUAUUAUAUUUUAUUUUUCUCAUAAAUUUAAAUACUUAUGCAAAAUUAAAAAUGUGAAUAAGAACAUAAAAUUAAAACAAAUUUUUUUAAAAAUAAUAACAAUAAUUAAACUCUAUGAAAAAGAAAAUAAUGCUAUAAAAUAUUAAUAACAUAUCUGUUAUAUUGAUAUCAUUUGAAAUUAUUUUUCAUAUUAUUCACAAUCAAAGUGUUCAAAUACAAUUUAUAACAUUAAUAAUUUAGGAUCAUUAAUAGAAUCAACAAUCUAUUUGAUUUAUUAUAAUUUCAAUUUAAAUCAAAACCUAUUUUGAUUUAAUAUAAUAAUAUAAUUUAUUAAAAUAUAUUCAUGAUUUUUUUAUACAAUUGUCUGUAAUAUCGAAUAUAUCUUUCAUAUUAUAGUUUACUUACAUUUAAUUUUAUUUUUAGUUUAAUUUUUCUUAAAAGAUAACAUAAAGAUGUUAGAAUUAUUUCUUUCUUAAAUAAAUAAUGUUUAUUUUUUUGAAAUAAAAAAAGAACUAUGCAUAUUCACUAAUCACACAAAAUAUUUAAAAAAUAUUCGAACGAUAAAUAUAUUGAAGAAUUUAUUUGUGUUUAUCAUUAAUUCGUAAAUAAUGAUUUUUGAAAAUAAAGAAAGCCGCAUAUAUUAUUUUUAUGAGUAAUAUUAAUUUAGAAUUUCUUCUAAAUAUCUUACAUUGACUAUGAAUACCGUUCGAAAAUAUUUACAUACAUUAAUAUUUAAUAAAUAAUUAUAUACGCGAAUAUUUGCGUUCAUAUUUGCGUUAUAUGUUUGUACUGACUAUUCAAAGUAGACGUUCAUGAACUAUUUGCACACAUACGCGAUUUAAGAUAUGAUUAAAUACAAUAUGUACAAUGUUUCAAUUAUUUUGAAGUUCAUUUCGUUUAUUAUCAAUGUAACGUGAGAAUGUGUGCUUCCAUUUUCGACUGAUUCUUCUUAAGAGAGCAUGUUAUUGAUAUAGUUUUGUAAUGGUUUUUAAUUUUUUAAAAUACACUUUCAGGCAAAAAGUUACUUAUUAUAAUGUAAAAAAACAUAAUGUUUUAUCAAAAAUUAUGUAUUGAUAAAUAAAACAGAUAUUUAUAACA